UAAUGGUUGGGUAGCGUGGUCCGGUCCAGUACUCUGCUGCGGAGAUGGCCAGGGAUGAUGCCCGAUAUGGUCAUUUUGAUUACUGAUUUUUUUUUCUUCGAUUUUUCUUCGAUUUUUUUUUUUUUUUUUUUUUUUUUUGUAAGUCAUGGUGGCUGGCGAAGUUCUGUGGUGAAGCUGUUGAUGUUGUUCAGCCUGGUAGGGGAAGCCGCACCACGGAAACUCGCUGCCGCUGAGUCCCUUUCAAGCUUCCGGUUCCGGCCCUAAGGGCCGACUGGGGAGUCUACCGAGACUGGCCUUGGUGCACACACGCAGACGUGCCACACAGACUGACGAGAGUGAGAGAGUGAGAGUGAAAGAGGAGGGUAUACAAUAGAAACGCAAGGUUGUGUGGUAUUCCGUUUUUGUUUAUUUUUUUCGUGCUGUGAUGUGUAGUUUGGUGUGUUGUAUGUGGAUAUAAGAAGCUAUUGCAUUGGAGAAUAGAUCGAGUUAGGGAGGAGGAGGAGAGAUAGAUCCAUCAGGCAUAACGGGAGGGUUUGGUGAAGGAGGAGAAGGUAGGUGAAGACAAAGGGGCGAGAGAGGUGUCAAAGUAGUGUGGAAAGAUAUGAUCGGGAAGAAGGAGAAAAUACAGAGGCUGGUGGUGUGCAUGGGUGAAGGAUGCCAGAGCUGCGUAGUGGAGCGCGCCAACCCCGCUCUCCACCCUUGGUGCCGGCAGUAGCUCCGCCCGCUGCAUGCCCUGAGUCGGUGCCGUCAAGGCGGGCGACUCCCCGUAGACGUGUAGGUGUUGUUGGUGGAGGCGGUGGUGCAGCAGAGGAAGCUGCGGUGCCCGUCGGAAACCGGGUCAGGACGAGGGCUGCUGUCGCGAAGGAGGCAGCGGUUGUGACGACUAGGGUUGCCGGCCGCGGGAAAGGCGCUGGUGCGGGAACUGGACGGCUCACGAAGCAGACGAGGAAUACUAAAUCUACUGCGCUGCCGAAAGUUGCCGCUGCACCGAAGGCCAAAGCUGGUGGACGUGGCAAGCAGGUGCCUUCUAGAUCUCGGUCACCAGAGCAGGAGCCUUUGCAAGAUCCUUGCACUUCUGAGGAUAACGUUGAGGCGUAUUUAGAUCUAGGGGAAGGGAAGCAAGAGGAGGCGGCGGAGGAAAUUAGAGAGAUGGAAGAGGAAAGUGCUGGACGAAGUGCCGAGAAGGUUGCCGGAGCAGGAGAUGAUGAUGGCAGUGCUGCGCCUCUUCCAGAGAGGGUUCAAGUUGGUGGCUCUCCAGUCUACAAGAUUGAGAGGAAACUUGGAAAGGGAGGCUUUGGUCAAGUAUAUGUUGGUCGUCGUCUCAGUGGUGGGGCAGAGCGCACUGGUCCACAGGCUGUCGAGGUAGCUUUAAAGUUUGAACAUCGGAGCAGCAAGGGUUGCAAUUAUGGUCCUCCUUACGAGUGGCAAGUUUACAACACUCUUGGUGGCAGUCAUGGGGUUCCUCGCGUGCAUUACAAAGGCCGUCAAGGGGAUUACUACGUCAUGGUCAUGGAUAUGCUUGGGCCAAGUCUUUGGGAUGUUUGGAACUCUUCAGGCCAGGCGAUGUCCACCGAAAUGGUGGCCUGUAUUGCCGUGGAGUCUAUUUCAAUCCUUGAGAAAAUGCACUGUAGAGGAUAUGUACAUGGAGAUGUGAAGCCUGAGAACUUUCUGUUGGGACAGCCAAAUACACCAGAUGAAAAGAAACUGUUUCUUGUGGAUCUUGGUCUAGCUACUCGAUGGAGAGAUGGUACAACUGGACAGCAUGUGGACUACGAUCAGAGGCCUGAUGUGUUUCGUGGAACAGUUCGCUAUGCCAGUGUGCACGCGCAUCUGGGAAGAACUGGCAGCAGAAGGGAUGACUUAGAAUCACUCGCUUACACCUUGGUAUUCCUUCUGCGUGGACGUUUGCCUUGGCAAGGUUACCAGGGUGACAACAAGGGGUUUUUGGUAUGCAAGAAGAAAAUGUCAACUUCUCCAGAAAUGUUGUGCUGUUUUUGUCCGCUUCCAUUCAGGCAGUUUUUGGAGAUGGUCGUAAACAUGAAGUUUGACGAAGAGCCCAACUAUGGAAAGCUUGUUUUACUUUUCGACUCAAUCUUGGGUCCCAAUCCCGCUGUGAGACCCAUUAACACAGACGGCGCUCAAAAGUGCUCUAUACAGGUUGGACAGAAGAGGGGCAGAAUAAGCGUGGAAGAGGAUGAGGAUGACCAACCGAAGAAGAAGAUUCGCUUAGGAAUGCCUGCUACUCAAUGGAUUACCGUUUAUAAUGCUCGGCGACCUAUGAAGCAGAGAUAUCAUUACAACGUGGCUGAUUCUCGCCUUACGCAGCAUGUGGAAAAGGGUAAUGAAGAUGGCCUGUAUAUAAGCAGUGUGGCUUCUUGUACAAAUCUGUGGGCUCUUAUUAUGGAUGCGGGGACGGGAUUCACAGCCCAAGUUUACGAGCUGUCUCAUGUUUUCCUCCAUAAGGAGUGGAUCAUGGAACAGUGGGAAAAGAAUUUCUAUAUCAGUGCAAUUGCUGGAGCUAAUAAUGGGAGCUCUUUGGUCGUCAUGUCGAAAGGAACGUCGUACACGCAGCAGUCUUACAAAGUGAGCGACUCUUUUCCAUUUAAGUGGAUCAAUAAGAAAUGGCGAGAAGGCUUUUACGUGACUUCAAUGGCUACUGCGGGAAGCCGAUGGGGUGUCGUUAUGUCUCGAAAUGCAGGGUUCUCAGACCAGGUGGUUGAGCUUGACUUCUUGUAUCCUAGCGAAGGUAUUCACAGGCGAUGGGACAGUGGAUAUCGCAUCACAUCUACUGCUGCCACAUGGGAUCAAGCAGCCUUUGUCCUGAGUGUGCCUCGAAGGAAACCAGCCGAUGAAACUCAAGAAACAUUGCGUACAUCUGCUUUUCCAAGCACUCAUGUGAAGGAGAAGUGGUCGAAGAAUCUUUAUAUUGCAGCUGUAAGUUACGGGCGGACCGUCUCAUAAAUCCCUUUCGCUGCAGUCAAGUAGCUUAAAUGACUUGUCGCCAGGAUCUUGACAAGAAAGAUAACAUGACGUCUACAACUUUCUGGCUUUUGUGCCUAAUUGGCUUAUCUUGUCGCCUUUACUUAAGUGGAAGGUCUUGCGGCUUUGGAGCUGUACCUUUGCCCGCUCUCUCUUCCCCCGUCCCCACGUUGAGUUGAGGAGAACAGGUGCAAUGAAUGCAAAAAGGGAGGAAGAUAGGUGCUCUAAGUUAUCCAGAUUGUUUGUUGGAAGACUCAAACUGAAUUGCAGGCGAGGGAAAGGUAGCGAAGUUAUGGUGCGAUCGUUUUCUACCAGGUCGAUGUUCAAGACAGAUGUGGUCUUUGCCUGAAAGAAGAUUCGUCGUUAUCAAUACCAAGGUUAUUCCACGCGAGGCUGGUCUGAUUUUUUUACAUUUUCCUGGCUAGGUUGAGCUGAUCAAAAAUGUGCCUACUGUUGGCCAUCGAACUUUUGCGGGGAUGUAGUAAUGGGAUGAUAAGAUUCUGUAUUUUGCACUCAGCUUUCGUUGGGUAUAAUAUAGGCCAAAUUGUUCAAUAUUCCUGGGGGAAGUUUUCUGGGGACUGCACCCUGGACCAGGUUUAAUGUUCGAAUUCCCCGAAGAGUUUUUCAUUCUUGAACGAAUGUUUAUUUUAGCCUUGACAUUA